UACAUUGUUUCUGCUGGGUGAAACUGUGAGACGGUCCCUAAAUGGGUCAGGCUGAGUAGUUAAAGCUGGAUGUCCGAGCAGCAGCAGCGGCUCCGUCAGUCCGUCGCUGCAGUCCGACAGAGCGGCCGCUUCCCAGCAUCCUCCCGACCGACGUCCGCUGGAGCGCUGUAACGCUAUGUGGCUCUGAACGCGACGGAAAACGGAGGCUCUCACCGCCGCUGGGUCACGACAGCCGAGGGGGCGGAGGAGGAGGACAUCCACGGACAUGAGGACACCUGCCGCAGCGGCUCCUUCCAAAAGGCGGACCGGGAAUUGUGACUGGCAUCGAUUUUCACCGAGCAAAUGAGAAAAGGAGAAUCGUCAUGACCGUUUUCCUGCUCACUAGUCACUCCUUCACUGAGGGACCUCGGCCCGUUUUGGUUUCCGGAUUUACCGACGCAGGGAUGAGAUAAUAAAGUCAACCAGCCGGUGCAUGCUGCUGCAACAACACCUGUGGCGCCCGUAAAACCCCCACCCCGACCCACCCCCAAGUUAAUUUAAAUUUUUCAAACGGUGGAAACAUGACGACGCCGGCUCUCUUGCCACUGUCGGGCCGCAGGAUACCCACCCUGUCGCCGGGCACCUCCUCUUUCCCGCAUCACAGGGCGACGUUGAGGCUCUCCGAGAAGUUCAUCCUCCUCCUCAUCCUCAGUGCCUUCAUCACCUUAUGCUUUGGGGCCUUCUUUUUCCUCCCGGACAAUUCCAAGCACAAGCGGUUCGACCUGGGCUUGGAGGACGUGCUCAUCCCUCACAUCGACACACCCAAGGAGGGGAAGCACGCCUCGGGACAGGUGAUCAUACAUGGACAAGGGGGACACGACGAGCACAGACACAGGGAGGAGGAGGAAAGCCUGCGAGACAAGAUCCGUGCAGACCACGAGCGAGCGCUGCAGGAGGCGAAGGAGAAGCUGCGAAAGUCACGUGAGGAACUGCAAGCUGAGAUCCAGACGGAGAAGAAUAAAGUGAUGGAGGACCUGAAAAAGAAGGACCCGGGGCCCAAACCGUUGCCACCCGUCCCCAUGCCCAAGGUGGUGGGAGUCAGCGACGGAGAGCCACCGGAGCCCGACGUCAAGGAGAAACGAGACAAGAUCAGAGAGAUGAUGAAACACGCGUGGGACAGCUACAGACAGUACGGCUGGGGUCACAACGAGCUGAAGCCCCUCGCCAAGAAAGGACAUUCCACAAAUAUCUUCGGUAACUCUCAGCUGGGAGCCUCCAUCGUGGACGCUCUGGACACUCUGUACAUCAUGGGUCUGCACGAGGAGUUCAAGGACGGCCAGGAGUGGAUCGAACAGAACCUGGACUUCAGCGUGAAUGCCGAGGUGUCGGUGUUUGAGGUCAACAUCCGGUUUAUAGGAGGACUGCUGGCUGCCUACUACCUCUCUGGCCAAGAAGUAUUCAAACUAAAGGCGGUCCAGCUAGCCGAGAAGCUACUUCCAGCUUUUAACACCCCGACUGGGAUUCCCUGGGCCAUGGUAAACCUUAAGAGCGGUGUUGGUCGUAACUGGGGCUGGGCGUCGGCCGGCAGCAGCAUCCUGGCCGAGUUUGGAACUCUGCACAUGGAGUUUGUUCACCUGACCUACCUGACAGGAAACCCCGCCUACUACCAGAAGGUGAUGCACAUCCGGAAGCUGCUGGCCAAAAUGGACCGACCCAACGGGCUCUACCCGAACUACCUGAACCCCCGAACGGGCCGCUGGGGCCAACAUCACACCUCGGUUGGAGGACUCGGGGACAGUUUCUAUGAAUACCUGCUGAAGGCCUGGCUCAUGUCCGACAAGACCGACUCCGAGGCUCGCAAGGCCUACGACGACGCCAUCGAGGCCAUCGAGCGCCACCUGAUCCGUAAGUCCAACGGCGGCCUGACAUUCAUCGGCGAGUGGAAGAACGGCCACCUGGAGAGGAAGAUGGGCCACCUGGCCUGCUUCGCCGGCGGCAUGUUCGCGUUGGGCGCCGACGGCUCGCCCGACGACAAGGCCGGACACUAUUUGCAGCUCGGAGCCGAGAUCGCGCACACCUGCCACGAGUCCUACGACAGAACAGUGCUGAAGCUCGGCCCGGAGGCCUUCAAGUUCGACUCGGGUUUGGAGGCGGUGGCCGUCCGGCAGAACGAGAAGUACUACAUCCUUCGGCCGGAGGUCAUCGAGACCUACUGGUACAUGUGGAGGUUCACCCACGAUCCCAAAUACCGGCAGUGGGGCUGGGAGGCAGCACAGGCCAUCGAUAAGUACUGCCGGGUGAGCGGAGGUUUCUCUGGGGUGAAGGACGUCUACUCGUCCAAUCCAACCUAUGACGACGUGCAGCAGAGCUUCUUCCUGGCCGAGACACUCAAGUAUCUCUACCUGUUGUUCUCCAGCGACGACCUGAUGCCGUUGGAGAGUUGGGUGUUCAACACGGAGGCCCACGCUCUGCCGGUGCUCCACCUCGGCAACAUCACCCUGCCGGGCAGCGAGCCGGCUCAGCGGUAGACGGACCGGACCGUCCCCACCACAGCACCAGGGGGCGCCACCCGCCUGCCCAUAUGAAGAUUAAACAAAACAAACGCACCCACCGACACCGGACAAACUUCCAUCCAGACUCUCCACUGCUUCUGAACUGCAGCUCAGAUCCCUGCAGAGCGAGAGGCCCACUCUCUUCUUUCCGUUUUACUUCCUGACUCUUCUCUGCUGAAACCAGAAGGACCGACGGUGGGUGUGCCGCCUCACGUUUGGCUCCAAUCCACUCUUUUUCUCCGACGGACGGACGGAGCUCCAAACCAGAGGCUCGAUUAGUUUCUUCUGUUAUUUUUAGUGUUCAUUUGACCAAACUUUGCUCCCUAACAGAGUCGUGAUGGGAUUUGGUGAAGGAUUAUUUCGUUUGACACCACAGUUUGACACUGUGCUGAUGGAUUUAUUUUUUCUUUUCCAGGCAGACAGACAGACGUGAGGACUUUACAGGGUCUGUUGAUGAGAUGUGGGUUUUUUUUUUUUGUGGUUUUUGUUUUGGACAGAUGGGGACACAGGGUUGAAUCAAAGCCCUUCGCUUCUUCUUCUUCUUCUCCCCGACCUGAGCCCAGUUUAAUCUCCACCAGACGAACUUUCUCCUGGAACUUUUAGCGGAUCGUUGUCGUUGUGAGGGACGGGAACGGACCUCACCUCCUCUGAUCCUCAGUUUUCAGACCAUCGUGAGUGGAUGGGUAAAGACUCCAGCAGGCCUCCUCAUCAGCCCUUCUGCUGCUACUUGACUGGAUGCUGCUUUUUUACUUCAUCGUUUCCUCUCUCAGAUCUCCUGUCCUCUCGUUUCCCCUUCGCCUUUAUUUUUUUUUCUCCAUGAGUCCAAUUGUUUUCAGGUUUUGAGACAACAAGGCGACCGUGCUUCUGUGACAGUCUGUGUUUGUGUGGCGGUUGAGAAGAAACAACCCCCUGCUGUAAAUCAUUUUGUUUGUGCACUUUGUAUGGAAAAGACUAUGAAGACGAGGACAGUCGAGGUGUAGCACUGAAUAAACGAAGGCCUUCUCGUGUCUCACUGCUGAGCUCCGUUAACCCGCCACACAUCAUCAGGUGCCACUUUACUUUUGCAUUAACUCAUCAUUUUCACUUUUUUUCUACUUCUGCCGUUAAUUUUUCAAGCUUCUGUCAUCUAUUUUACCCUCUGCUUCCAUAAAAAGUCCAAAAACCUGGAGGCCUUCAGUCUCACGGUUCCUACAAGACUCUAAAAUAAUGUAAAAGUUUUGUUUAUCACUUAGAAAUGAACUUAUCGUUGGAAUCCACUCCCUGAAAGUCCAUUUACCUGUUGAAUUUACUGCAGAUUUCCAAGCAGCUACUGUCCAGACUGAAGCUUCAAAAUACUGAUUUUAAAUUCACCAAACUGAGAUCUGGGAGCAACAAAUUAAAGCUUAUUUAGCCUGUUUUUACACAUUUCCGAUGCAAAUCCUCUGCUGAGGCUUUAGAAAUGAUAAAAAGUCCGAAUAAUCACAUCGCUCUGUGUCCUGGAACAUAUCAAGAGUUUGUUGUUUCUCGUUCUUCUUGGUCAGUUUGGCUCGAGAGUUUAAACGUUUGAUUUGCUUCAACGGAUUAAUCGAAAAGUCCCAAAAUAUGGCAGCAGGAAAACGACAACAAAUCAAAAUCAUCCAUAAAAUAUCAUAUAAAUAUGGAAACAUAAUGAAAGUUAUGGACCAAGGACCAGAUUUUGUUCCCAGAUUUGUUCUCACAUGAAGCUAAAAGCAGCAACAGUCAGUCUUAGAUGGUAUAAAGAUGCUAGGAGUCUAAUUUUAAUAAUUCAGCGUCAACUUUAAUGUUGUUUCUCAGCUGAAUGAACCAUAUCAGAGGCAGGCUGUGAUGUUUAAUGAAGGAAAAUCAUCUUUGAGUGUCCCGAUGUUAUAAAAUAACAUCUAAAAAAUGGUUUUUAAAUCGUGUUUUUUUUUUUUUUUACAAAUUCAGUCAUAUUUUGCUAUUUCUUUAAAACUGUUGUCCGUUAUUCAUAUGAAUCAAAUGCUUUUCAGUUUAUUUCUUAUUUCCAGUCAGUCGAAUAGACCUUAUUCGGGACUCAGCCAAGAUUUUUAGCCAGCAAUCUAAAUAAUGGGCUGAGAGAGACUUCUAUAUAUUUUCUAAGACAUUCAUUUUGUGUCCAAAUUCUGCAUAUCAACAGGCUGGUUUAGGUAGAAGAAACCAGAAGAGUUUGACGCAAAAUGAUUUUAAUCGAGGUGAGAAAGUUGAACAGUUGUUUUUAAUAUGCGACUGUUAGUUUCUGACUUCUUGUCGAGCCUUUUUGUCGAAUGUUUUGCUGUUUCACCGCUUUGUGUUUGUGAUGCGUCACCGUGACGUAAAUUCCCUUUUCUUAUUUUCUUGUUUGCUCAAACAUAAAGGUCGACGCUAUGGUGUGAAAACGAAACUGACAAAAGGCUCCAAGGAUGAAAAAAAAAGACUUUGACGUUUUGUUUACUGCCACGUGAAUCAAAACUUCUUUCAAAAAUUGUUAUAUUCUAAAAUUCUGCUUCUUUUACUCCCACUUUUGACCAAAACUGAGUGAACUAACCAGCUGAUUUAACAUUUGUAGCCAAGUUUGACCAUCUGGAGCUAAACGUACACAGAUAUGACUAACAACACAUUUUCUGACCGUAAUUUCACUGUGACUAAUUAGAAUUUCACAGAAAUAAAACAACGCACUGACCAGUUAGAAUGACAGGUAUCUGUAAUCUGGUUUUGUCUGGUUGAAGUAGUAGUUCCAGAUAUCUUGUGUCUUUGCGGAGCUCUUGAUUAUCGAUCCAACAAAGCAUUUCAAAAUUAAACAUCUACCAUGUUGGACAACGCCUUUAAAUAGGAAAAGCUCAUCAGCGAAAAGUUUGUGGAAUCUGAGACUUUAACAAAUUUUACACAUUUUUGUCCAUUUUUUUCAUUCCCAGACACACUUGUUGACCAUUGACAAAGUCUGGGUGUUGGGUUUUUAGCCUGGUUGCAAUUUCAACCGUCCUUCAACUUUCACUUGUUGUAGCUUCUUACAGAACUCCAGACAUUGGCGACGCCAUUUUGCUGAGUCAAAGCCAUGAAAAUUUCUGUAAUAGUCUGUUUGGAUGUGUCGAAAUUCCAGUUUAAGGUAUCUACAAGAUCUCUCUGACUAGUUUUAAUGUAUCGCAAAAGGAUAAAGAUCGAACGCAUUUUUCACAAACUCAAGUGAAUUUCUUUUCAGCUACGUCUGAUAAAAUUUUGAGAGUGAUAAACAAUUUAAAAGGUGAAUUCUUUAAAUAGUAACAUUAAUUCCGAACAUGCUGUUAAACCUGAAAUGCUGGAUUGCGUCUUUUGAUAUCUUGAAUGGAGUUUUACUGAAGAUAUCUUGAACAGACUUUGAAGAUAUCUUGAAUGAACUUUAUUGAAGAUAUCUUCAAUUGAAUUUUAUUGAUAAUACCCUGAAUGGACUUUAAUUGAAGAUAUCUUGAAUGGACUUAAAGGCAAGAUACCUUGACUUUAAUUGGGGAUAUCUUAAACUGAAAUUACGACUAGUCAGACUUUAAUCAUAGAAAUCUUGUUCAUCCUCAAAGAAUGAUGAUGUGGACAUAGAAAAAUGUUCUUUUUGACUAGGAAGAACUAAAUUACGGAUAUCUGCGAUACAUAUCCAAUCUGGUUAUUAAAUGCUCAAGAUUUUACCUGAUGAACAUCAAUUAGAGCAGGAAUGGAAACAAACAAUUGGUGGUAGUUGAUGCAACAUUGUUAAACCAUAGUUGACAGAUAAAUAUAAAGAGGUUUUAAGUUUAUAUUUAAGCAUCUUGUUGGGAAGUCUUGAAAUUAGCAGUUGCAGAGAAUUGAUAAAUGUCUUAAAUUUUGACUCCGUGGCAAUUUGUUAGUUGUUUUUUUUUUUUUUUAUAUAUAGCUCCGACCAAGAGUCGGGUCAAGUUCAAGUUAAGUCAGCCCAAACUGUGAUUAUUGAUGCUCAGUUUUUUUAUUUAAGUUUCAAGGAACCUCUAAAUUUUCUUCCUGGUGACUCCUUUGAAGAUGUUUUUAUUUCCUCCAUCAUCCAUCCACAAUCUUCUCUCCUGAAGUCAUUAUUUCAUUACUAACGGUCCAUCCAUGCAGUACCGUCCCGGCUUGGCCCCUCCCCCCACUCUCUGACGUCACUCUGACAUCAUCACCACCUCUCUAUAAGGAGGCGAAACCUGGGCGGCCGUCGAGUCGCUGGGAGUGAUUUUGAAAACUGAGUGUUCUGUAUUUGUAUUUUUACUGAACUAAAAAAAAAUUUAAAAAAAAUAAAGUUAAACUAUCUGUAAAUAUGUUUAAAACUGAGACACAAAUUCAAUAAAGAUGUUAUGAAAAGUGA